AUGAGCAAGCCCAAGAGCGUUGUCGUCGUUGGCGCGGGCGCGGGCGGUAUUGCCAGCGCUGCCCGACUGGCCAAGGCCGGCUUGCGGGUCACUGUAGUCGAGAAGAAUGAUCACACAGGCGGUCGAUGCAGCCUAAUAUAUGACCAUGGCCACCGCUUUGAUCAAGGCCCUUCGUUGCUUCUACUUCCAGGGUUCUUCGAAGAAGCUUUCGUUGACCUUGGCACCUCUCUUGAGGCCGAGGGAAUCGAACUGGUAAAAUGCGAGCCUAACUACAAUGUCUGGUUUGGCGAUGGAGAAUGUAUCGAAUUGUCCACCGACAUUGCAAAGAUGAAAAAGACCAUCGAGCGCUGGGAGGGCAAAGAGGGCUUCGAGAGAUAUCUGGCAUGGAUGCAAGAGGCUCAUGUCCAUUACGAGGCCAGCACCGCUCACGUCCUGAGAAAAAAUUUCUCCACAUUCUGGGCGAUGCUGCGUCCGAGCUUCCUGCAACACCUGCCUGCACUUCAUCCCUUUGAGAGUAUCUGGAGCCGAGCAUCACGUUAUUUCAGGACAGACCGACUGCGACGCGCCUUCACAUUCGGUAGCAUGUACAUGGGCAUGAGUCCAUUUGAAGCCCCGGGUACAUACAGUCUUCUGCAGUAUACGGAAUUGGCAGAGGGAAUCUGGUACCCCAAGGGUGGAUUUCACAAAGUGCUGGAUGCCCUGGUCCAAGUUGGAGAGAGACUUGGAGUCAAAUAUCGCCUGUCGGCCCCAGUAGCCUGCGUGAACGUGGAUGGCUAUUCCAAGCGUGCCACGGGAGUCACGUUGGUCUCUGGAGAGAUCCUGAACGCUGAUAUCGUCCUGGUAAACGCUGACCUUGUUUAUGCGUAUAAUGAGCUUCUACCACCCUCAAGCCAAGCAUCCUCUCUGUCCAAAAGGGCUGUUUCCUGCUCAAGUAUCUCAUUCUAUUGGUCAACGGACAAAGUUAUCCCGGAACUGCACGCGCACAAUGUUUUUCUUGCAGAUGAUUAUCAAGACAGCUUUGAUGAUAUCUUUAAGCGACAACUCAUUCCGAAGGAGCCGUCAUUCUACGUUAACGUACCAUCCAGGGUCGAUCCUACAGCAGCCCCAAACGGUCACGACAGUAUUGUUGUACUAGUUCCCUGUGGUCACCUGCAAGAAGGUGAAGUAAGCCGUGGAUUGAAUCCUCAAAACGUUCAAGACUGGCAGUCGAUAGUGUCAAAGGCUCGCAAUGCAGUAUUCGAUACGGUCCGCCUGAGAACCGGUGUUGAUCUCCCGGCGCAUAUCACCAAUGAGAUCAUCAAUACUCCAGCCUCGUGGAAGGAGAGGUUCAACCUUGACAAGGGUGCAAUUCUAGGUUUGAGCCACUCAUUUUUCAACGUUCUCAGCUUCAGACCCGGAACAAAGCACCGCGACAUCAAGAGCCUCUAUUUCGUUGGCGCGAGCACUCAUCCUGGUACAGGUGUGCCAAUUGUGCUUGCAGGAAGCAAAAUCACCACAGGGCAAAUCCUGGAUGAUCUAGCCAUGAUCAAACCAUGGUCACCUGGUUUCCAUCCCAAGAAGAGAGUCAGCACCCUCGACAAGGAAGGAAGGGUACCACCGGACCUAACCCGCACCGUUGUUUUCCUACUGUCCCUGCUGAUACUGGCGCUGUACCUCUAUCCUUUGAACUGA